CCCUCUAACAGCAAAAAUUCUUAAAAUUGUUGCAUUGACGCGAUUUUCUGUUUGGUUACUGAUAAAUCUAAGGAAGAUGUGGUACUCAGGGAUAAUUUUUUCAAUGCAACCAAACGGAGAUGUUUAUCUGAAACGUUCUCUUAGUGCUUUUUUUUUGUUUUUUGUUUCCUCUUGCUGGAUGAAUUGUUUGAUUCGCUGUUUUCUUUACUCAGGAAAGCUUAUCGUGUAAAAUCUCCAAAUCUGAAAGUCUAAUUCUUGAAAAUUGAAAACCUACAGAAAUGAUGUCGUUUGAAAUGAAUGACCGAAAAAAGAUCGGGUUAGGCUUAACAGGGUUUGGAAUAUUUUUCUCGUUUCUGGGAAUUAUCUUCUUCUUUGACAAGGGACUACUUGCUAUGGGAAAUAUCCUCUUCGUCUCAGGGCUGAGUCUAACCAUUGGAAUGAAGUCCACCAUGCAAUUUUUCAUGAAACGCCAAAAUUUCAAGGGAACCAUUUCAUUUGGUGCUGGCUUCUUCUUUAUUGUCAUUGGAUGGCCAAUUAUAGGCAUGAUCUUGGAAGCAUAUGGCUUCAUAGUACUUUUCAGUGGCUUCUGGCCAACCUUGGCUGUCUUUUUGCAGAAGAUACCUAUUCUUGGCUGGGUAUUCCAACAACCAUUUGUCAGAUCAUUCUUUGAUCGACAACGGGGCAAACGGGUACCUGUGUGACUCUGGAUCUUAGCAAUGGAUUGCCAACCUUUUUGCAGUGACUACAGCAUACCGACAGAUCACAAACCAAAGUCUUCAUUCUUUUUUUCCUUACUCCUGAUAUGGGAACAUAGGAAAUGGUUCUUAUUGAUAACAGGCAAUGUUCUAACAAGAGAAAGGACAGAAAAAUGAUAAUGACAGUAAAGUGGUUAUUUCUGUCAUAGCCAUGGUACUGGCAAAAGAAGCAAAAGAAAAUGAUUUGGCUCAUUUAUCUACUUGAUUAUGGUUGUACUUUGCUCAUUGCCUUUCUGAUAUAUGCUUUGGAUUCUCCACUUGUGAAAAUGUGUACAGAAUCUCUAGUAUGCUUCUCUGUUUUGUACUAUUGAUAAAUUCAGGUUCAAUCA